AGUCCCAGGGCAAGUUCCCGGCGGUCCGACCUUUGGCCACACUGGGAAGGCAGCCACGCGCCUGCAUCUCUGAUUGGUCGCCACCGUACCCGCCCCCAAGUCCAUCCAAUCGGCGGGCCUGGCGGCGCUCGAGGAUUCCGGAAGCACGGGGUAGUGGUGGUGGCCGUGGUCCCUAACAGCUGUCCCCGGGCGCUCGGCGCCAUGAGAGGCCUGGGGCCCGGCCUGUCAGCGCAAAAAUUCCUGCGGCUGCGGCUCAGGUCCAGGUUCCUGACCCGGCCACGGCCGCGACGGUUUGGGGCCCCUGGAGCCACCCUAGAGCGGGCUAUGGAUGAACUGCUGGGCCGCACCGUGCCGCAAGCCCCGGCCUAUGAACUCCGGGAGAAGACGCCGGCCCCCGCCGAGAGUCAAUGCGCGGACUUCAUGCGUUUCUACGGCAGCCUGGAGGGCGCGAGCCAGCGAGCCGAGCUGCUGAGCCGCCUGGCGCGGGGCUUCGGCGUGGACCACGGACAGGUGGCGGAACAUAGCGCGGGCGUGCUGCGCCUCGGGGCGGCCGUGGGGGCCGCGCCGGGCCCGCCGCCGGGUCCCGGAGUCUCCUCGUUGCCCGCGCCUGCUCCGCGAGAGCCCGGCGCCCUCCUCCACGCGGAGGAUCGGCUCCGCUACGCUCUGGUCCCGCGCUACCGCGGCCUCUUCCAGCAUAUCAGCAAGCUGGAGGGCGGAGUGCGCUUCCUGGUCCAGCUGCGCGCAGACCUGCUAGAGGCGCAAGCCCUGAAGAUAGCCGAGGGGCCGCACGUCCGGGAAAUGAAUGGGGUACUGAAGAACAUGCUCUCCGAUUGGUUUUCUACAGGAUUUUUAAACCUGGAGCGUGUAACCUGGCACUCACCUUGCGAAGUACUACAAAAAAUCAGUGAGUGUGAGGCUGUGCAUCCUGUCAAAAACUGGAUGGACAUGAAGCGACGUGUUAGUUCAUAUCGAAGAUGCUAUUUUUUUUCUCACUGUUCAACACCUGGGGAACCACUGAUAGUUUUGCAUGUGGCAUUGACCAAUGAGAUUUCCAACAAUAUCCAGGCAAUAGUGAAAGAGUUUUCUCCUCCAGAAACAGAAGACAAAAACAAAAUUGUCACUGCAAUUUUCUAUUCUAUCAGUUUGACCCAGCAAGGCCUACAAGGUGUUGAGUUGGGAAGUUUCCUUAUAAAACGAGUUGUUAAGGAGCUGCAGAGGGAAUUUCCUCACCUUGAAACUUUUUCAAGUCUGUCACCUAUACCUGGAUUCACCAAAUGGCUUCUUGGAACACUGAGUUCUCAAACUAAGGAACUUGGGAGAAAUGAACUCUUUACAGAUUCUGAGUGUAAUGAAAUCUCAGAUAUCAUAGGUGGUCCCAUUAGUGAAACUUUGAAGAUACUUUUAACCAGCAAUGAAUGGGUGAAAUCUGAAAAACUGGUCAAGGUAUUACAAUCCCCUUUGAUGAGACUCUGCGCUUGGUACUUAUAUGGAGAAAAACAUCGUGGUUAUGCCCUCAACCCAGUGGCAAACUUUCAUCUGCAGAAUGGGGCAGUAAUGUGGAGGAUCAAUUGGUUGGCAGAUUUGAGCCUCAAAGGCACAACUUCAUCCUGUGGGAUGAUGGUCAAUUAUCGAUACUUCUUGGAAGAAACUAGUGUGAACAGUGCUGCAUACUUGGGAGCCAAGAAUAUCAAAGCUUCUGAGCAGGUUCUAAAUUUAGUUUCUCAGUUUCAGAAACUUAGCAAGCUUUAAACAGACACUUCUUGAAUUGGAGAUUUUUUUUUUCAAAUCAGGAAGUAAUGGUGGGGUUUUACGUCUCAAAGGAAUCCUUUGUAAUGAAACAAAUUGAACUGUGUUUUCUUUCAAACAAUGGAUUUAUAAUGACAGGUUUUGUGUCCUAAUUUACAGUAAUUUUAUUUCUUUGCACUAGCAAAUGGAUGAUAUUUGCAGUCUACCUGUCAGCCUGAUAAAUAUACAGAUAAACUACAUACAGACCUACAGAGGGAAGAAAGAAGUUUGGUGUACCUAUAUAUUUAACCAAGGAAAUUACUAGUCAUCAUUAAUAUGUAUGAAAUAGCCUUCACCCUUUUAUUUAUUCUCAGUAUCAGUGCCCUUAUCUGGAUAUCACUUUCAAAAGGAUGUGAAAAUUUUUCAACAUACUUCUUCAGCUUUGGAUGGAGAAAGUACCAUGACAACCCAAAAAGAGAUCUGGGUGAAGACACUUUUUUUUCUUUUUAUUAUAUAAGUAAAUUCACAUCAUGUAUAAUUGUGUUCACUAAGCUUAUUGGGAAAAAAAUAACCAUACAUGCGAGUUCUUUUUUAAAAGUCAUUUUUUCCAUUUACUUGAAAUGUUAAUACUGGUUAAAGGAUUGAAUGGAAAAACAUCCUCCAUUUUAUGAGUUGAAUUUCAAAGGCCCCACAUAUAUGAAAUGGAUGAUAAUUAGCUUGCUGGCAAAAAUGGAAAUAUUUAAGUACAUAAAUUCAAUCAUUUUCCAUAAACAAAAAAAUGAACAGAAUUGCUACUGGGGUAUAAGUUGAUCAUUUAAAAGGAUAUAUUGGGAAACUUGAGAAAUUUUGUAAGAGGGUGUGUGAGCUCAUAAUGAGCUCAUUAGUAAAUAGCAGGUUUGCUGUAUAAACUAUUAAAUAUUGAAAACACA